AUGGCUUCGACAAGUAGCUCACCUUCGUCGAGCGGCUAUGGAACAUUGUCGAAGAACAAUACUGUCAGGAAUAUACAAAAACAACAGAAUUCUGUUUUUGGCAGUUCAACAAUGGCACUGAAAAGUGCAGCACGGGAGAGCGCUACUGUUGAAACCGUCGCAAAAAAAGAAAUGAAUUUUGUCAUUCGAUGUCGAUUGUGA